AUGGAUCCUCAACUAUAUAGGAGUAAAGAGAUUCAAGAUAUGAUUGAAGAGGAGGACGAUCACCAUGGACGACCAGUAACACAGGAGAAGAUAACUCAUAGUGGACUAUUUGGUCGUUAUGGAUGUGAUACCAAUCUUGAACUAUUCAACUCAACCUUGCAGGCAAUGGCUAGUAUCAACCCGACACCAAACUUCAUUAUAUAUACAGGAGAUAGCGUUGGACACUCUAUGCCAAUGGAUCAAUGGAUUCAAUCUCAUACGAUCUUUGCCAAGAUGGUACAAUCAUUGUUGCCAAACAUACCAUUCAUUCCAUCGAUUGGAAACAAUGAUGUCUUCCCAGACUACAAUGUCACGUGCAGUGAUAGUAAGCUUCAAUUCUUGUCACAGGUGUGGAGUCCUUGGAUACCUCAGGACCAAGUGUCCAGCUUCCUUCAGAUGGGAGCAAUGGCCGUCACACCAAUUGAUGGUCUCACAGUAAUAACCAUCAACACCAUACUAUACUCUGUAAAUCAAGAUCGAGAUCCACUCACUGACACUGAUCCCUGUGGACAGUUUGCAUGGCUUGAAGAUCAGCUGGACAUUGCCCAAUCCAUCAACAACUCUGUCUACAUCAUCGGACACAUCUACCCUGGCCUGGAUCCAUUCUAUCAGCUCGAGCAAUGGUACGAGCCGUAUAUCCUUACAUUCUAUCAAACUCUUUCCAAUUACAACUCAAUCAUCAAGGCGGGAUUCUUUGGACAUAUUCAUAGAGAUCAGAUUAGAGCACCAGCUUAUGAUCAACCUGCUACCAACCCCCAGCCACCAAGCACGGUCAAUCCAUAUAUGCCCAUAUUUGUCGGAUCGGCAAUAUCACCAGUCUACGAUAACAAUCCAUCAUUCAAAGUAUUCUCUGCUGAUGACUAUCUGAACAUCCAAACGUUUGACACCUACUACACAGACAUCUACUUCUCCAACCUACUUAAUCAUACCAAUUGGACAUUGGAAUACAACUUCAACAAUGUCUAUGACGUGCAGUCUACAAUCAUUGAUGGACAGGUACUUAACGAGUUGGCGCAAUACUUCAACCUCAAUCGCUUUGGCUUCGCAGUGUAUGAUUACUUUAGCACAUCGAGUUAUGACGCCGAUGCAGUUAGCAAUAUCUGUUUGGUUGGUAAUCCAACGCAGAGUACAUAUUUGGAAUGUCUCGACGCAUUCGAUGACGUAGACCUACUCAUGACCAAGUUACGCAUGGCACGACGAAUGCCAAAGUCUUCAAUUAAUCGAUAG